UCCGUAAACCGAUUUCUUCUCAAGAGAUUGCAGAGACGGAUUCCAAGCUGCGGAACCAGUUGACGCGGUUUUUAAUGUCGUCGCAGAAGAGCAAACACCACUCGAGACUGAAAGUCGUGACGUGGGUGAUCUGUAGUAUUAUGGCCAAGACGUACGCGUUGCUACUGAGUGAUGACAAGCUACCUGAUGAGGACGUUGAUGUAGAGAAGGAAAAGGCUGAAAGCGACAAGGAAGAGUGCGAUUGCUGCUGCGUGGGCAAGGACUCGUGCACUUGUUCGUGCACUUGCAAGUGUCACGUUGAGAGUGAUGAAGAAGACGAAGAAAUGGAUAAAGCUGAACCAGAUGAGGAGACCAAGACGCCGGACGAGUUCCCUGUCAUGCCGAGUGAUCCAUUCGCCACCAGGUUCGCAAAACUCAACAAAGAAGUGGACGUGACGCUAGAAGACGUGAAGAAGGAAGUCGAGAACUUUUUACAGACGCAGUCUAGUGACAGUCAGCCACAGACUGCGAAGGAUGUGCUGCGGACUCUGUCGUCACUUGAAAAGCACUUGAUCAGCAAGUUUACGGCGAAGAGUAAUGCUAUCUCAUGGGCUGGACGACGGUCCGUACUCGAGCUGUUACCAGAGCUUUUGGACGACUCUGAUGACAAUGAAGCUAGUGCUGGCAAGUGGCUACUAAACCUUCUUCAGUCUUCGGAAACGAGUGCGAAUUGCGCUGAAUCAUCGCACAGUAUGAGCGAGAAACUUGACGACGUGCUGCCGUUUAUUCGACAGUGCCGCGCUACGAUCUCUUCGUCAUCGAGUUUGUCUUCACUUUCCAGUGACAAGCAGCAGCAGUGGAUAGCACGCCGACUUGCAGUAGAGCUUGGACGUGUUUAUGAAGACAGCGGACUGCCCAGUGUCGAAGAGAUGCUCAAGGUAGCGGACAAUGGAGAAGAGGCUUCAGUGGUCAAGUACGCCGGCAGUCUGGACCUGAAUCGUGACGAUAGCAGCAUUGAAGAUACAGGUGAGUCAGUGCAAAAGGCCUUGACGGAGCAAGCGCUUGAAAAACUGCGCAAAUGUCCGUUCUUGGUUGAUGUAUCGUUGUAUAUGGAUUGGCAAGAGCGAUAUGCCCCGUUGUGUGGGCCUCUGCUCUCGUUUAUCCGCGUGCAUGAAAUGAUUCUACUUGAUCAUGCACCGUCCAGCAACUUUAUGUUUGUAUCGUGUUUGAACGGAGUGAUACUGCGCGUCAAUGAGAAGUCGACGCCGUCCGAUCUGGAGCUGCUACUUACACGAGCCCAGCAAGAGAAAACCCGCGUAUCUGCCAGUCAAGUGGCAGUCCACUUGGUGUCGAUGCUGGUGACGUGCAAGGGCCAAGCGAACUUCCCCAAACAGCUCGUUCAAGCUCAUCUACGUGCCUAUUUGUCCAGUUUCGCCAAGGACAAAGACUACGUCAAGCGUUUAGUGCUGGACAUUCUCAUGGAGACACCAGUAGAGUUCGCAGACUUCGUGGUAGCGUUGCUACUUGGUGCUAUUGGGUCGAGUGAGCGGGUAAUUGCUGAUCAAAUCUGGAAGACUUGCACGAGUGACACUGAACGGAAAGCGCUUGUGUUUAUCUCUAACAGGAGCUCAUCGCCGUUGUGGUUGGACCAGACGGAGAACUGGUGUGCUAUACGCGAGAAUCUGACAGCUACGAUCACCGAAGAUGACGAUUGUAGUGCUGAUCCUGCUGAGAUCAAGUGUGCGCUUUCAAGUGCUGCUGCCAACGCUGAAGAUAGUGAGGUUGUUAGCGUCUUGGAUACUGCCGAGUCAGACGUACCACGAUUCUCCGUUGACCAAGAGAUGGAGGAUGUGUCCUUGAUAGAGACCACUAACUCGAGUUCUUGUCGCUCGUUCAUUGAAGAUCUCCGGAAGAAGCAGUUUGGUGUUGGACUGGAGAUCCAGGACGAAGCUACGACGUCGGUGCUGCUUAUCCAGCAGCAACGUCUGGAGCGUGCACUUAAACGACUAAGUGAUGAGCUGUACAGUGAGAGUACGCACUUCGUCCUGGAAUUACUGCAGAACGCUGACGAUAACACUUACGACGAUGCGGUGGUUCCUCUGGGCGAGUUCACACUGACAAACGACAAGGAGAUCGUCUUUUACAACAACGAACAGGGCUUUUCACCAGCCAAUAUCCAAGCGAUUUGUGACGUGGGAGCGUCGACGAAGGCAGCGGUGGACUCAGAAGCGAGCAUCGGCAAGAAGGGUAUCGGCUUCAAGAGUGUUUUCAAGGUCUCGGACAACCCGCAGGUGCAUUCGAACGGGUUUCAUAUCUGCUUCCACGCCAAGAACUCCAAGCACGGGACUGGAAUGGGCUACAUCUUGCCGUAUUGGCUGGAUGAUACGACGCAGUGGAGGCAGCGUCGAGGCACGACGUUUGUGCUGCCUUUGAACGAUGCGUCGGUGCAGAGAGUUGAUGACAUUUCCCAGUCUCUCAUGGCGUUUGAGCCGUCUGUACUGCUCUUCCUUCGACGCAUUCGAGAGCUUCGACUAGGUGAUUCAGCGCGACAACAGACGCUUCACUUCCUCAAGAAGGAGACGAAGCUUCGAGCGAACUCUCAACUGGUUCAGUUGUAUUCGCAAGUGAAGAGCGAGAACAGCGUGGAGAUUAAGCAACAGAAGUGGCUGGUAGUCAAGGAGACGCUCGAGCCGCCCCAGUUGUUCAACCGAAGUCACACAACUGACAUCGCGCUUGCGUUCCCCAUAGAAGAUUUCAACGCAGAAGACCGACCUCCACUGCAACAGGUUUUCUGCUACUUGCCGCUGCGGUCUUAUGGUUUCCGCUUUAUUCUUCAAGGAGACUUUGAAAUCCCAAGUUCUCGAGAGGCGAUCACGAACGGGAGUGACUGGAACGAGUGGCUGGUGUCCAAGUUCCCCAAGCUUAUGCAUGCUGCUGUAAGCAGCUACGUGUCAACUCUCCAAGAUGCAGAGAGAAUCGCUGCGAUCUCACACUUGCUAUCGUUAUUACCGUUGGAGAACGAGGUACAGGCUCCUUUCCGGAGUAUCAUACCGGAGAUUAUGCGUGAGCUGCGUCAAGUCAAGUGGCUAUCGUCUUCGUCGGGUGAACUGUACAAGCCAGCGGAGCUGAUUGACUGCAGUGAACUCGCUGGAAGCAAUACGAGUGACAGCACGGCCAUGUUGGACGUACUAAGUGAAGACAUCCUUGUAUCGACGUUUAACAAGCGCUUCCUGCAUCCUGCUCUCUCUCAAAGCAUGUCGACGUCGAUGAAAAACCAGUUGAGGAUCGAGCAGCUUCACGCUUCUCACUUGAUGCGAGUUCUAUCGCUAUCGACUGAAAAGAACGAUAUGGAUUGGACAGUAAAAGUGUUGACACUCCUCGCGAAACUUUGGCGCAAAGAUCGACACUCGAGCUUAUUGCGCGAGGAAUUACGAUUGAUCAAGUGCUUCCCACUGCAAAAGGACAGCGUGGAUGGCUGUGUUAAGUGGGUUUCAUUAGCUGAUAGUCACGACUCGCUCUUUGUAUCGGGAAUCCGGGAUGGUGACACAGCUAGAUAUGGCUAUUCGUACGCGUUUUUCAGCGAUCUUCACAUUCUGGACGAUACGGUUACAAAGGCAGUUAGCAAGAGCUCAAAGCUGCGUGCGUUCUUGUUGAACGAUGUGGGAAUUCACGUGAUGGAAGACCACGAGUUGAUUCGUCACCAUGUUCUCCCCAAGAUGGCAGUACUUCGCUCGCCCACUGAGACUAAUGAUAAGCCGGAAGUUGGUGCUGUGAUUGAGUACGGGCGAUUCCUAGCCUCUCACUUGGCAACGUGCAGAAACUGCUCGAUGCACGCAGAUGUGAAGGCCAAUACGGUUUUUGCUACGAGCAGAGACCGCGUUGUUGCGAUAGACAGCUGCAAUUUGUUCGUCAUUCUGUCAUCGACCUACGGAGAAAUGGCCGAGUUGGUUCAGUGGAUUAAGUCAAAACUGGAGGUGUCCGAUCAAGACGAGGACGCGCUUGCUAUUGUAUCUGGAGAUUACUUUUCCGGCGCUGAUAGUGGCGUGGAUCCAGUGGAUGAAGAGUGGCGGCGGUUGUUCGUGGAUGUUUGCGAGUUGCCGAUGCUUCUUGAUGUUGCGAGUGUUGUGUCGGAUGCACGUUCUCAAGCUGGAAUGAAACAAUUACUCGAGUGGCUUGAAGCUGAGGAUGAUGUUACAGUAAGGCGGAACAUUUCGAUGUGUCUAGCACAACACCUGGAUAAGAACUGGAGAGUGAUUGAUGAUAGCAGUGCCGAUAGCAAUGAAGAUCAGGACGAUGCUGUCGCUUGUUGGAGACAAUAUCGUUGGUUGGAAGGAUCCGAUGAGCAGUUCCACCGCUCGACUGAUCUGUGGUUGUCAACUGAGACGGUCACGCGCUUGUUUACGCCUGCUAUGGUUACGUUUAGCUCGAUGAUCUGGAAGAGCGAGGACUUCUCCAGACGUGUGCUUGGCAUGAAAUCCGUUGUGACAGUUGCUGAUGUGCUUCCAGUUAUCUCACGUCUCUCAGUAGAUUCAACUUGUGCGUCUUCGCUGAAUGCUGAUCAAAUGGUUCGCAUGUACUUGUUCUUGUGGGAAGAAAGCCAAAAAUCUGAUGAAUGCAGGGACGAAAUCACAAAUAUGUUCACAAGACAAACGCUGAUCUUCGUUGCAGCCAAGAGUGGGGAUGAUCAUCAUUUCAUUGGCACGAAGAGUGCAGUGUGGUCAUCUACUACGCACAAUGGAGAGCUGGUUGUUUUGGAAACGCUAUAUCCUAAGACACUGUGCGAGUUCUUCACGGACGUUUGUGGUGUACAACGGAAGCCCUCCGUCUCCUUCUUGUGUGAAAAGAUCAUUGAACAGCAAGGUGGAGUUGAGAGUACUAAAGCUUGGAAAAAGAAGCUGCUUCCGUUUCUGUGUGCACUCUCCAAGAAGGUGAAGAAGCGGUCGCUAUCAAAGGCGGAGACGAAGGAGAUCAAGAAGACGUUGAAGUCAACGUCGUGGCUGCCAGUACGGAGCGUUAGCGGGUCUAGUUUUGAUCUAGCAUUCUGCAGCUCAAAGGAUCGACCAGUCCACGCAACAACGGAGAACGAACGCAAGCUGCAGAAGUUGCUGCUGUCUCUCGCUAAAGAAACAGCUAGUGACGAAGAUAAACAAUGCAAGGACGAGGACAUUAAGGUGGUCCAGCUUGAAUCUCUUGCAGACGAUGAUGAUCUGGACGCGCUGCUCAGUGUUGCCAAGAUUUCAACAGUAUAUUCUCACCUUGAGACUCAUGCUACCACGUGGAGUAAGGUACUCGCAAGCUUCACGAAGACUUUGCUGGACAUGAAACGCAAGAAAAAGCUACUGAAGUUUAGUCAGCUCUUGAUCAAAUUCUGGGCUAGUGCCUUCUCUUUGGCUGACAAAGAUGGAUCGGAGUUCCAGCGGAGAGUACAGCACUUGAAAGUAUUCCCAACGCUUGAUAAAAACCAGUGGACGUCAGGUGCCGACAUGUACAUCAACGAUCAAACGGAGUUGACCAAAGAUGAUCUGCAGUCUGGACAAGAACAACUCCAAGUGCUUGGACUGUUCCCUUGGAGCUACUUCGUAUCGAAUGACGAUAACGAGGCGACACUUGUGCAUAAGUUCCUCGUGGAGUUUUGUGGCAUGAAGUCACUGAAAGAGAACUUGCAGUACGAAGUCAGUGUGCUUUGCACGAAGCAUCCUGCGAGUGAGGCGCUCCACGAGAAGAUUCACACUGCGUUCGCGUUGGCGCAGCGAUUCCUGUUCCACAACCACCGGCACUUGUACGAUCAACUGGAGAACGAGUCGAUAGCGAAGUUGGCGAAUGAGUUUCAAUGUGUGCUGGUUGACGGACACGACGGCUUUCAGGUGGUGUAUCGAGUCGGGAAUUCCUUCAGUCUUCGUCGCGGUGUUGACGCACAGUCUCGUUGCUUCCUUGAUGUAUCGAAGAGUACAUUGUACCUGCAGUCUGUGACGGGAGAUGAAGAAACGAGUGCGCUCUCCUCGGUGUUGAUGGAGCUUUGUCGGAAGCUCUUCGGUGUACAAGUAGCUUCCAACGUCGCCAACCUGCUGUAUCUCAGCUUACUCCAACCCAACGCGGUAAUGAGAGAACAAUGGCUGGUGGAGACUCAACUGUUACCCCCGCUACCUGCAACUGAAGCCGACAAGCUGUGGAUUCAAGUGGAUAACGUCGAUAUCUCUACGUCUUCAUCACUUGAUACUUGUAGUCGCAAACGCGCUGUUGAAGACAUGGAAGAUGGCGAGAUCGAUACAGAGGAGGCUCCUGCGAAGAAGGUAUACACUCAACCCCAGCAAAACUACCAAGGACCCCAGGAUCUCUCAUACCCGCCAUUGCCACCGUCAAACUACGGUCAUGGCAACUAUGACAUGCAGAGGCCAGCAUACCCACCAGUUCCGGUUAACCGAGGCGUAGAACAAGCGCCGUAUUACCCCCCACUGCCUCCGUCGUCUGGAAUGCAGUCUAUGUCACUGUCUAACACGAUGACGAAGGAGGAAAGAGAAGCGAUUGGUCGGUGGGGUGAGGAGUACGUGUUCAAUCAGCUCAAGCAGCAGCACGCUGAUAGUGAGUCGAGGAGGACUGUCGAGUGGGUGAACGAGAAGGAAGAGUCUGGUCUCCCGUACGACCUCACACUGUCGUCUGCAGGUAAAGUGGUGGAGUACAUCGAGGUCAAAUCGACACGUACCAUGGAGAAGGGGGUGUUCGAGAUCAGUAUGAACGAGCUGGACCAGGCUGCCAUCCACGGCUCCACGUACAGUAUCUAUCGUGUCUUCAACGCCGGUAAUCCUGCAUUAUGUCGAGUGAUCCGCAUGAAGAACCCUGUGUCGUUAGUACGUCAACGUAAGAUCCAGCUAGCACUCGUCAUGCAAUAACCUAGACAUCAAUAGAGUUCUGUAUCUCAAAAACCAAGUUGCAAACCAAUUAUCGAC